AUGGACAACCUCCUCAAACAAGGCGAGCAAUUCCUCGAAAGUCAAAUGGGAAACCAAGCAGACGACCAGAGCCAGAACAACCAGUCAUCUCAGCCUCAGCAGCAGCAGCAGCAACAGCAAGGCCAACAAGGCCAACAAAACGGCCAAGCCGGCGGCGGCUUGAUGAAGAGCAUCGAGCAAAACGCCGGGAAUUCGUACAUCAACCAAGAAGUCAACCAGUUCCUGACCAGUGAGGGGGUUCCCUCGUCCUUGGAUGGUGCGAUCGACGGUGUCAUUGAUACCGAGGUCGGGAAUCUCGAGAAGAGGUUCUAA